AUUGACCUACAGGUAAUCGCUAUAUUCGGUUUUACGUCAAAAGGUCGUACCUAGAGAGCUUUGUGAAAGGUCGCGGAAACUUGCUUCACAAUCCGGACAGAUAAUCUGCUAUUCUUCCUACCUUCAGCCACUACAUUGUUGUGCUCGCUUCUCUCCGCUUAUUUUAAUUGAUGAGACUGAUUCUGUUGAAAAAAUUAUCCUCACAUCAUUCGCCAGUUGGGUUAACGGGAGCAUAGUUUCCGGCCCAUCGUUGCUACUAGAAAUAUCUUCAUUCUCUCGAUUUUAAUGUCGUUAUUUCCUUGGCGUUGUUUAAAAAUAUACUUUGAAACAUAUGUGCCAUGCUCUAGUCAGCUGAGAAGAACGUGUUAUUUAGUCACCACUGUGUCUUCGUAUGAUGGUAUGUGUAUUUAAUAAUUUUUUAAGCACAAAAUAAAUAUCUUAUUUUUCCUUUGAUUGUUGGGCGUAUGUUUGGUAAAAUUAAGCUUAGUUAUUCGCUCCAUCUAGUUUCAUCAGGUGGCUCGAGCCACCAGCGAACUUUUAAAUUGUCUGUAGAAUCGCUUUACCAGUUAGUUUGCUGCUAGAUGGUAUGCUGUCAUACUGAUGUAAUAGUGACCCGGAAUUUGGGCUAGUUUUCUAAAUAGGUCUGAUUAAAACUGGAAACUUCUGUCAGAAGCAAUUGUAGAAGGUUUACCGGAAAUUAGAGACCCAUCUGUUUAGAAAUACAGUAGCAUUGUUUUCGGCUGAGAUCUUGUUUGUAGGUCAUACGAAUAAACGCCUGGUAAGAUGAUCAUUUGCUGUGAAAACAUAAAACCAGGUGGUGCUAACGGGUGGACCAAAUCAAUAUAUACAUCUUGAAAACUUCGUCCCAGUCGGUUGAAUUUGGCGGUUUUAGUAAUCGCAUGUUCGCAAAUCUUACUCCAUUGACAUUUCAAACAGUUUCGAGUCAUUCUUUCAACAUUGGUCUCCGUUUCUGACCAUACAGACUCUUCUAAAAUCAAAUUCGAGGUGGUACAAAUACCAGAGUGAGAUGAUGGUCAAAGACACAUUCUCUAUGUGCUGUUAGUAAAAAAUGGCUUGUGUUUCAGUUGGGGUGUCACAUUACUGUAAAUUCAGUAUGUAGUAAUGGGAUACUCUUUAAUAUUAAAAUUGAGUUCUGUUUACAAGCGGUGAGAUCAGUAUCUUUAGCCUCCAAUUUUUGCAUUUCUCUGGGAAAAUAACGAUCGCUUUUGUGGUUAUAGGCAUAUAUCAAAGGCUUGUAGUCUGUAAGUAUCACAAAAUCUCUGUCUUUAAGCAAAUGUUUUAAAAGUUUAACUACCAAAAAUGGCUAAUAGUUCUCUCCCGAAAGUGCUAUUAUCACGUUGGAGCGAAUACUUAACCUCGAUUUUACUGAGCAUACGUUCUGCAGUCAAAGAAAAGAUAUGGUCUUUAUUUUGCGCUUAGAAAAAUCACUAAAUACACAUAUCAUUAUGGUCUAUUCGUGACCACUGAAGUCUUAGCCUUGGUGGAACAUUUAUCCUAUCAAAGUCUCUGUCUCCAUGUGCAAGGAAGUAGAGAAUAUUCAUGAUUAAAAGUGAAUGAGGUUUUUAUGCAUUAUGUUUGUAUAAUAUUUCGCAUCGAUUUGAGUAUUGAUAAUCGUCUCAAUUUUUAGAUAAACAUCCUGGUCAAUGUAUUUUCUCUAAUUGAAAUGAUUACCAGUGAAUAAUAUGAACUUCACUAGCAGCUACAGUAUGGUCAAAAAAUAAACUAUUAAAUUCACUACAUUGUUAUUCGGUUUUCAUGGGCACUUGGCACCGUUGGGUGUUCUUAUUCACCUUAUCGGCUCUUCUGGCAUCAUUUCUUGCAAACACAAUAUUUUUCUGUUUUUUCAACUUAUACAACCAAGAAAUUUAUGUCAAAAAUAGCAAUAAGGUGUCUGUUCAUGUUGAAAACGUUCUUACUGAAAACCAAUGGUUAGAUCUUUUGUAUAAGAAGACUCAUGUAAAAUUCUCACAUGAUGUGAGUACCAAAGAGGCGUGCCGUAUGGAUAACUGCUUUGAUUAUACACCGUGUCAAUCGGAAUUUAAGGUUUAUGUAUAUCCUCUCUCGUCAAAACAAGCCAAUCUAUCUCUAACCUAUCAAAAAAUCCUCACCGCUUUACAUAAUUCAAAACUUCUCACAUCAGAUCCAUAUGAAGCUUGUAUAUUUAUUCCUAGCUUGGAUACUCUAGAUCGAGAUCGUUUGAGCCCACAUUUCGGUCAGUAUAUAGCUCAUGAGCUCGUUAAUUUACCAUUUUGGAAUUCGUUGCCUAGAAGAGAUCUUGAUACCGAUUCACUCUCAACCACUACUCAAAAGCCAUCAGAAUAUGCUGGUCGUAAUCACUUAAUAUUUAAUUUACAUGCAGGCACUUGGCCAUAUUAUUACGAAGAUGAAUAUCGUUUAUGGCUUGGCCAAGCCAUGCUAGCUAAAGCCAGCUUUUCGACUAAACAUUUUCGUCCAAAAUUUGAUAUUUCUUUACCACUUAUUCAUUCUCAACAUCCUUUACAGUCAGGAUCAAGUCAGUUGGAUCAAUUAGUGAGCAGUGAACAUUUACGCGGUCGACUUGAUCUACCAUAUCUUUUAAGUUUCAAGGGUAAACGUUAUGUCAGUGGGAUUGGAUCAGCAUCACGUGAUAUACUUUUUCAUUUACACAAUGGAAAAGACAUAAUUAUGUUAACUACUUGUCGUCAUGGAACAGAUUGGACACGAUAUGCUGAUAAGCGUUGUGCUACAGAUAUGGCUUUAUAUGAUGCAUAUGAUUAUUGGGAAUUAAUGUAUAAUUCUACGUUUUGUCUUGUUCCUCGUGGUCGACGAUUAGGCUCAUAUCGAUUUUUAGAAGUACUACAGGCUGGUUGUAUCCCAGUUAUGUUGAGCAAUGAUUUGGAACUUCCAUUUUCUGAAGUGGUUGAUUGGAAUCGAGCAGUUAUUUGGGCUGACGAACGAUUACCUUUAUUACUUCCGUUGAGCCUACGACGUAUUACUUCGCAUCAGAUAAUUCAAUAUCGACAACAAGUAAUGUUUCUUUGGCAUACGUAUUUAUCUUCAAUCGAAUCGAUUGUUCUUACAACACUUGAGAUUAUACGAGAUAGGGUUUCACUUCGUCGUCGGAGCUACGAGAUUUGGAAUACAUUACCCGGUGGUCUCAUAGUUUCGCAUGUAAAUUCUAUGGACAGUUGUGACGUAGCAAUUCAACGAUAUCCGAUGCAUUGCCAGUUCGAGAUCAAGUCAGGUUUCACAAUGUUAAUUCCAAUACGUGCAGAACUUUGUUCUAUUUAUUUGGAACGUUUAAAAUCUCUCGGUGGAAUUCUGUUCCAUUCAGAGUUUUUACGAAAGAUAAUUCUGGUUUGGGAAUGCAAGAAUUUUCCACCAAAUAAUAAUGAAGUAAAGUCUUAUGCUCCAGUCCCGGUUGAAAUUGUUCUCCCUGACGAACGCUUUACACUCAAAUAUUCUUCUAAUUCUAUAUCUCCAAGCGUUCGUUUUCAACCUUUUCACGAAAUUCCUACCUUGGCUGUAUUUGCAUAUUCAUUAAACCUGAAUAUUACAGUUGAACAGUUAAAUUUUGCAUAUCUAACUUGGCAAGAAUUUCCAAAUCGUUUAGUUGGAUUCCAAGCUCGUUCACAUUAUUGGAAUACUACAGAUAACCUAUGGAAAUAUGAUGAUAAUCCAUCGAUGAAGCAUUUUUCGAUAGUUUUACUAAAUGGGGCAUUUUAUCAUCGUUAUUAUCAUCAUCUGUAUCAAACAUUGUUGGAUCGUAAACUUCAUGAGAUUGUCAAUGUAUUUAAUAAUUGUGAAGAUAUCCUUUUUAAUUGUCUUAUAAGUCAUGUAACUAGUUUACCACCAACUAAAGUAUUUAGUACAAGUUAUAUAGAACAAAAACUAUUGUCAACGGAUGGAAUCUUAAAUUUAACUGAAUUAAAUAUAUACCGCGAACAGCGAAGUUUAUGCAUACAAGCUUUUUCACAACAUUUUAUAAAAGUCCCGUAUACUGGAAAACAAUCUGAUCAUAUUAUUAAUAGUCAGUAUACUAGUGGAAGACAUACACCCGAAUUGUACUUACCGCUUUACGAGAAUUCGUAUAGCAUGUAUCCUUCGAUGUGAAUUUUGAAAUAUCCAUAAUUCGACAAGCUGAAACUUUAAGACAAGAACUUGAGGCUUUGGAAACGAAUAAUGUAAAUAAUUUAAAACUACUCUGUAGAUUAUGGCGCGAUAUAUAAUUUUUUUACUGUAUAUUGUCCUUUUAUGCUUAACAUUUUCGUAAUUGAGUAAAGAUAUUUUGCGAAUAUAUUACGCACUAGAUAUGAUUCUUUGUACAUAAUUUCUUAUCUAUGAACACAUUACCCUGAUUGAAACAUAAAGGCCACGUAAUCUAUGUAUACUUAAUCGUCGUUAACUUUUUCAGAUAAGCGUUCAUUGAUUCAGAAGACUUAAAUGUGAAAUGAAAAUGCUUUGUUACUAAGGUGACGUGCAGUUUUAUACUAUAUUUGAGGUGUGCAAUAAAAUUUAACUAUUUUGACAAUUUCUACAUUGAACGAGAAACCCAGUUAACCCAGUUUCUGAAAACUCUCUCUCUCUCUCUAUAUAUAUAUAUAUAUAUAUAUGUAUCAAAAAAUAAC